GUUUGAAUCAGUGAACGUGCCCAUGCUCGAUUUUAAUUUGAAAGUGAUUUUGCUCAUAAAAUAAUGCCACAAUUUCACCAAGUCAAAGAAAGACAAAUUUGGCCAAAGAUAAAUUUGUGACACUACUCAUGUAUGUUGAAUUGUUGAGUAUUCAUUUCCUUUAGAAUAGUGCUAUUAUCUGAUAGAUCUUGGCAGAUUUAGCAACAAAACAAUGGGAGAAGUGAAGCUGAUUGCCACUCCUCAAAGCUUCCCUUGUGCCAGAAUUGAAUGGGCUCUAAGGAUAAAGGGUGUGGAAUAUGAGUACAUACAAGAAGAUUUAGCAAACAAGAGUCCUUUGCUUCUUCAAUCCAACCCUGUCCACAAGAAAGUUCCAGUGCUCCUGCAUGAUGGAAAACCAAUUGCUGAAUCACUUGUGAUCCUUGAGUACAUAGAUGAGACAUGGAAGGAGAACCCUCUGCUACCACUGGAUCCAUAUGAGAGAGCACUGGCUCGCUUCUGGGCAAGGUUUAUUGAUGAGAAGUGUGUGAUUGGUGUAUGGGGAGCUUGUGUGGCCCAAGGAGAAGAGAAGGGGAAAGCUAUAGAAGCUGCACUAGAUUCACUGGAAUUUCUUGAGAAACAGAUUCAAGGGAACAAGUACUUUGGUGGAGAGAGGAUAGGGUAUCUUGAUAUUGUAGCUGGUUGGUUAUCUCAUUGGAUCAAUGUCCUGGAAGAACUUGGAGACAUGGAACUACUCACAGCUGAGAGGUUCCCAUCUCUUCAUGAAUGGAGCCAGAAUUUCAUUCAGACUUCACCUGUCAAAGAUUGCAUUCCACCCAGGGAAUCAGUGGUUGAAUAUUUCAGCUUUGGCAUCAACUAUGUGCGUUCCUUGGCAUCCAAUAAAUAAUUAUCAGUAAACAAGUAUAUAGAUAUAGAUUGAUUAUAAUAAGGGGUCUUGACUCUUGUUAUUUUCAUUAUUGGAGUUUGCUUUCAUAUAGUGUUCAGAUCAUAAUCAAUUCUGUGUAAUGGUGGAGCUACCUAGAUAGCUACACUAGAAUUUUUAUUUACCAAUACUGUAUUGUGAUUCUGUGUGUCAAUAUAAUUAAAAGUAACGCUUGGUCCCA